CUGGUGGCCCAGCUGAGGUGUCGCAUUCCCCAGGAACAGCCUGACUGCUUACUCAGUCCCCGGGGCCCUGUCGGCCUGGCCUUGGAGAAGGAAAGGAUGAGAGCAGCCCGAGGAUCAGGAUGUACGUGUGACUCCAGGGGCCUCAUUUUUCCCUGGGCCAGCACAGCUGCUGUAUAGAGGCUCUGGCGAGGCCCAUAAUGCCCACCUCACCCAGCUUCCAGGGAUGUUGCAGCCGUUAAAAGCAGGGCACAGUGGUCAUCUGGAGGUCAGUAUGGCAGCCACAAACCUGGAGAACCAGUUGCACAGCGCACAGAAGAACCUCCUGUUCCUUCAGCGGGAGCAUGCCAGCACACUCAAGGGGCUACACGCGGAGAUCAGGCGACUGCAACAACACUGCACAGAUUUAACCUAUGAGCUGAUACUCAAAAGUUCGGAACAGACAGGAGAUGGAUCUUGCAGAAGCAAUGAACUGAAGAAAAGAUGUGAAGAGCUGGAAGCCCAGCUGAAACUCAAGGAGAAUGAGAACAACGAACUGCUGAGGGAACUGGAGCAAAAAAAUGCCAUGGUCACGGUGCUGGAAAGCACCAUCAAGGAACGGGAGAGGAAGUACCUGGAGGAGUUAAAGGUGAAAAGCCAGAAGCUGACUAUGCUGUCCAGUGAGCUGGAGCAGCGUGCCAGCACCAUUGCCUAUCUGACCUCCCAGCUGCAUGCCGCCAAAAGGAAGCUCAUGAGCUCCAGUGGGACCUCUGACGGCAGCCCAUCUGGGAGCCCCGUGCUGGCCAGCUACAAGCCGGCCCCCCCCAAAGACAAGCUGCCUGAAACACCCCGCCGCCGGAUGAAAAAGAGCCUCUCAGCCCCCCUGCACCCAGAAUUCGAAGAGGUCUACAAAUUUGGGGCUGAGAGCCGGAAACUACUUUUGCGGGAACCAGUGGAUGCCAUGCCCGACCCCACGCCAUUCCUGCUGGCCCGGGAGUCAACUGAGGUCCACCUCAUCAAAGAGCGACCUCUGGUCAUCCCCCCCAUCGCCUCCAACCGCAGCUCCAGCGAGCAGCACAGCCCAGCCCGUGAGAAGGCUCACAAGGCUCACAUUGGGGUGGCACACCGCAUCCACCAUGCCACCCCACCGCAGGCCCAGCCCGAGGUGGAGACGCUGGCGGUCGACCAGGUGAAUGGAGGUAAAGUGGUGAGGAAGCACUCAGGGACGGACAGAACUGUGUGAAGCCUGCCCCAGGCGAGUCUUCACCCUGGCUGUCCACGCACUGUGAUCACUACUGGGAAACACUCAUUCGCGCCUUUUUUUUCCUUUAAUUCCCAUGCAUGCCAAAUUUUUUUCAGACCUGUCAACAGAUCUCUUAUCUUCCUGCUCCUAUUGUCCACUUAUUGACACCAAGUUAUGAUCGUGUCCCUGCUGCAGAAUACAUAUCUACUAAUUGCUGUGGCCAAACACCUGUGUGACAAAUCGCUUGCUUCUGAUCCCACUCUGUGUAAUCUAAAUGUGCUCAUGGACAAAGCACAGGCCUCACGCUGCAUUACUACUCCAUGUUAAUAA